AUGCCUACCAUCACAGUGGACAAGGCCGCCCUCUUCAAGGCUCUCGGGCAGGAAUACACAACAAAGCAGUUUGACGAGCUAUGUUUCGACUUCGGCAUCGAGCUUGAUGAGGACACCACCGAUCAACAGCGCCCCAUAGUCGACGGCGUCCAAGAACCCCCACAACUCAAGAUCGAAAUUCCCGCCAACCGCUACGACAUGCUCUGCUUCGAAGGAAUCCAACUCAUGCUCAACAUUUUCAACCAUAAAAUUCAAGCACCAAUGUACAGCCUGAAGCCUCCAGUCAGCGGCCAACUCGAGACACUGACCGUUAGCCCCGAAUGCGAAAAGGUUCGACCAUAUGUCUCCGGAGCAAUCCUACGAGGCGUCACGUUCGACGCAGCCCGCUACGCCAGCUUCAUUGAUCUACAGGACAAACUCCACGCCAACCUCGCUCGGCAACGAACUCUUGUGUCCGUCGGCACCCACGAUCUCGACACGAUCAAAGGACCCUUCACCUACGAAGCCCUCAAACCCACAGACAUCAAAUUCAUCCCCCUCAACCAAACCCGCGAAAUGAAUGGCGCCGAACUCAUGACCUUCUACGAAUCAGACCGCCACCUCGGGCGUUACCUGCACAUCAUUCGGGACUCUCCCGUCUACCCUGUGAUCUACGACGCCGACCGCACAGUGUGCUCUCUCCCGCCCAUCAUCAACGGCAACCACUCAAAAAUCACCACCUCAACGAAAAACGUCUUCAUCGAGAUCACAGCGACCGAUCGCACUAAAGUCGAGAUCGUCUGCAAUAUCUUAGUCUGCAUGUUUUCCCAAUACACUUCGGAACCGUUCACAGUCGAGCCCAUCAAGAUCAUCAGCCCGCAUAACGGCCAGACUCGCGUCGUACCCGACCUCGCCCCGCGUGAAACCCAGGCCGAAGUCGACUACAUCAACAGUUGUACCGGCGUCACUCUCUCCGCAUCCGAGAUCUGCGAGCUCCUCACCCGCAUGUCCUACGUCGCCAAGCCUUCCAGCACCAAUGACAACCUCCUCGAAGUCUCCAUCCCCCCUACACGCGCCGACGUUCUGCAUCAAGCAGACAUAAUGGAAGACGUCUGCAUCGCCUACGGCUUCAAUGACCUGCCACGGGCUUUCCCCUCCGUCGGCACCACCAUCGCCCAACCCCUCCCCAUCAACAAACUCUCCGACAUCAUUCGCCUCGAGGCGCCAUGGCCGGAUGGGCCGAACACGGCGGUACGACUGGCAAAUCCGAAAACAGCAGAGUACCAAGUCGUGCGCACCUCCCUCCUCCCCGGCCUCCUGAAAACAAUCCGCGAGAACAAACACCACUCCCUCCCCAUGAAAGUCUUCGAAGUCUCCGACGUCGCCUUCAAGGCGCCCGAAUUAGAACGAAAAGCCCGCAAUGAACGUCACUUCGCCGCCGCAUGGUACGGGAAGACCUCUGGCUUCGAAGUCGUCCACGGCCUUAUGGAUCGGAUUAUGUCCAUGCUCAAGACCGCUUUCACGACACGAGAAGAAGGACUAGAAUUGGCGGAGAACAACAAGGUGCAAAAUAUGGAGUACUGGAUCCAAGAAGUGGAAGACGCGACGUUCUUCGAGGGCCACAGCGCGAGCAUACAUGUCAGGGUGGGCGGAAAGGAGAGCGUGGUCGGCGUGUUCGGGAUUCUACAUCCCAGUGUGUUGGAGAAGUUUGAGUUGAGAUAUCCCGUCAGUACGUUGGAGGUGAAUGUUGAGGUGUUCCUGUGA